AUGAAUAAAUGUAUGGAAGGUAGAUUAACUAAUUUGCAUAUUGCGAUUUUGAAAGAAAAAGUGUCCGGAAAGUUACUGAUUGUCGUUCUGGGUUUUCUGGCAACUGUUAUCAUCCCUUUUGUACAUCUGGGAGGAUAUUACAAUUUUUGGAUACAAAAACCGCUUGUUGACAAAUCAAAUUGUACUUGCAGUUGUUUCGACACUAUCUUCAAAGGAAGAUAUGAAUGGCCUCCUAGCAGAUACAAACACGUGUACUUCAAUACCAACCUGACGACAUUCAAAAUAUGGAUAAUCAUCUGCUUGGGUGUCAUAACCUGCUACGAAGUCACCAAAAAAAUCCUGAUGAUCAUCAAAUCAAAAUGCACCAGACUGCCCAUGUUGGUUCUCCUUUUAUCCAGUUUAUAUCCCCAUUACUUUAGCUGGUGGAAUUUUUUUCAAUAUUUAAACGAAGAAUUUUAUGAUCAGUGGUACCACCAGUUGUUCUUCACAGGCACAGAACUCCUAUCUACAAUCAUGGUCUUCCAUCUAUGUGACAGUAGAAACAAGAUAGAACCAUGGAAACUAUUGUUCAUCUUCAGCUUAAACAUCACUCACAUCAUCGUUUCUUCUCUUGACCAGUUCAUUACAAAUGUUUUCCUGGCCAGAGGGCAAGUUUCCCAGAUAUUUCGAGACAUUGCUCUCAUGUCAUCUGACCUGUUGCACGUAUUUGUGGCAUGUUUUCAGAUGUGUAUUCUGCCCGAUUGGCAUAACAUGUCCAUCAUUAAUUUGCUUCAUAGAAAGGAGAUGAUGCUAUCCCUGCUGGCUGUUUUACUUCUCAGUGUUCUAGCCAAGUCGUUGUGAUGAUGUUCAGUUGAGUGGGGAUAGGUUUUUUUGCGUGCCAUCAUGUUAGUUGUCCUAUUUCGAUAAAAAUUGUUUUAAUUUAAAAAACUAAGUAUUAAGCUUAAGUAUUUUCUGGUAUCAUUUUUUGGGAUGGUGUGGCGGCUAAAGCCGAUACAGAAAUCUUUCCAUCCUAUCAAGUUGA